GUCAGAUCACAAAAACAUGACACAAGACGUCAGCUUUUAAAGUAAUCAUUUUAAUACUACCGGCGGAUAUUUAGCAGCCGGAAGUCAAUUAUUGCGCUUUCCCUUCUUAAACAAUAACAAUUUUGUUUCUUUUAAACUUCCAACAUAGUCACACUAGAAGUCGUGGAUGUGAGCACCCACGCCCGCAGAAGCAGAAAGGUCAGGCGGGACCAGGAAAUGACCUCUAGCCGGUCCGAUGACAUCAUAGCCACCACGCUCACUCAUACGCGGAGCUGUUUGAGACGAGUGCUCGGAGCUCAUCCAGGAGUUUAGGUGUCUCUAAUAGUCUCUGUGUCCAGAAAAACACGCUGCUGAUUCGCGCAACACCGGCGGAGUCAACCGAAUCACCGACAUGUCGGAAGAAGCUAGUUCUCAGGAUGGAAACGGCAAAGUUAGCCGAGUCAUUCGAGUGGGAACCCGCAAGAGCCAGCUGGCUCGCAUCCAGACGGACAGCGUGGCCGAGACGUUGAAAGAGCUGUACCCUGACAUCCACUUAGAAAUCGUUGCCAUGUCAACAACAGGAGACAAAAUCCUCGAUACUGCUUUGUCAAAGAUUGGUGAGAAGAGCUUGUUCACCAAAGAGCUGGAGAAUGCACUGGAGAGGAAUGAGGUCGACCUGGUUGUUCACUCCCUCAAAGACCUUCCCACCACUCUGCCUCCGGGGUUCACCAUCGGAGCUGUGCUGAAGAGAGAAAACCCCCACGAUGCAGUGGUCCUCCAUCCGAGCCAUGCUGGGAAGACUCUGGACACGCUGCCAGAGAACAGUGUGAUUGGCACCAGCUCGCUGCGCCGAGCUGCUCAGCUGAAGAAGAGGUUCCCCCACCUGGACUUCAAAGACAUCCGUGGGAACCUGAAUACACGGCUGAAGAAGCUGGAUGAGAAAAAUGACUUUGCCGCCAUUAUCCUGGCGGCUGCCGGCCUCAGGAGGAUGGGCUGGGAAAGCCGCAUCAGCCAGAUCCUGGAGCCCGACGACUGUAUGUAUGCUGUGGGACAGGGGGCCCUGGCAGUGGAGGUUCGGGCCAGAGAUGCAGACAUCCUAGAGAUGGUGUCCAUCCUUCAUGACCCUGACACUGUGCUGCGCUGCAUAGCUGAAAGAGCCUUCCUCAGACGCCUGGAGGGUGGCUGUAGUGUCCCAGUGGCUGUGCACACCCAAGUAAAGGACUCCCAGCUGUACCUGACGGGGGCGGUAUACAGUCUGGAUGGCUCAAACAGCCUGAAGGAAACCAUGCAGGUCAGCAUCGCUGUGGGGACCCAGAGCUCAGAAAAGGUGGACGAGCAGGUCCAGCGAGUGGGAGUCACGGCCAACAAGAUCCCAGGUAGCGUCCAGGACGAGGCCGAGAAGCUCGGCGUCGACCUGGCCGACUUACUGCUCAACAAAGGAGCCAAGGAGAUCCUGACGGUGGCCCGGCAACUCAAUGACGUCAGAUAGGUCUUCCUGGCUGACAGCGGGGCUCCAGAGCAUGCAGGCAGUCGCAACCUGAGCUCCAUCUAAUGUUGGUCUGCUGACUGUUUGCUGCAUGAGGUCAGGACCUGUGGUCAGGGUUGUAGAAAGCUGCUAAACUGGCUGCUAUUAUCCGCUCACUGAGAGUCCCCGCUGUCUCGGUUCCUGUGCGUUCUCACGCAGAGAACCUCAUGGAACCUGAGCCACGUUCGGUAAGAAACACGCAGUGGCCUUCAGACGUUGUUGUCAACACUUAACAGCACCAGUGCUGGCUGAUAUCAGUCUGUCAGCACUGCCUUCGUCUAAUCAUUUGUUCCCAAAGCUCAGACCGUUUCAUCCACAUCUGCUGUCGUAACUCACCCAGCAUCUUCUCGUUUCGACGGUGCCAAAGACGAGCGCUGUUCAUUAAGGCGGACUGUCUGCAAAAUUUCAGUUCACGCUUAUGUUCACUUUGGCACACCCAUUUGUUGCCAUCACGAAAGAAGAGGUGACAUCCAGCUGUGGAGGGCUGCUUGCUUCCUCAUUAGCAGAGAGAGCAUAUUUGAUCCACACACUGGGCUUCAGGAGUGCGUUCUUUAACACUGGUAGUAAUGCACAUGUGGCGUGUGUGUGGGUUUUAAUAUGACUGCAGCUCCAGCGCCUGCACGUUUUCACUGUCCUGCUCUGAUUCUUAAAGCAUGCACUGUGGUCUUUUGUAGUGCUUUGCUGGCCACAGGGAUGCACUGAUAUCCAUACUGUACUCACUGAUGUGUGUCAGAUUGACAUUUCUGUUUUCUCACAUUAGUCGACGUUCAGUGAUGGUGUGAUGCGGAGCUGUAAGUUCAAGGAGAAUAAAAAAACGACACAAAGGAAGCUUCCUGUAUGAGCUCUCAGACAGGCCAGUGCAUCCCUGCUGGAAGCCGAUGAUGGAGAUGAACUGUGAGCUUCAUUCCUGUGAGCGAUGCUUGAAGACUCCCCAAAGCUGGACACGCAUCAUCAACAAGAAAACACACGUGGUUAGAAAAGUUCCCAGUUUUUGUCAUGAUGAAGACUCAUGCUGUGGUGACGGCCUUCGUCCUGUUACGUUGUUCUGACUUUCUGGAUUUAGAUCAUUAUGUAAUAUUGACAGUAGAUUGAUUAUUAGAGCACCUCUGUUAUAUUUAUGGAGUCUGUAUGUCACGAUCACUUUAAGUAUCUGAAAGCUGAUGAGUUGGUUUGAAGGUUUUACUGAUCAGGACUCAUCAGCUCACAGACGUCAGGUUAGCGGCACAUAGAAGGUUUACGCUGCAACAUGCUGUACCCCCCAUAUAUCACAAUGUGUUAAUGAUUUUUACUGUGAUUGUCUAAGUAUUAUCUCAUUUUGCCUACAAACUGCACACCUGCCUUACAUGCAGCAGUCUUCACUCUGCAUCAUAUAUCCAGUGUUCAUGGAAUUCAAUGUUCUUUUUCUAGGUUUUUGUUGCAUAUCUGAUUUAAACCUCCUGAGACAAUGAGAGGUCAUGUUAGCCAUAUUUGUUUUCAGCUUUAAUUUCUUUAUAACAUAGAAGACUGUUGUACUCAGUAAUUUUCCCACAGCGCCGACUGUUCAAAACAAAAGGUCGUCAUCAAGAAGCAAUAAAGUUCCUGUGCUGU